AAAAAGUUGAUUUAAUUCUGCCUGGAGAACUUACUACAUUUACGUCCUCCGUAGCUCUGGGAUGACAAUAAGAAACCAAGGCGGGCCAGAGGGGGGUCGACUGGUUGUUGGAGGAAUGACAGUGAUUGUUUCUUUGUGCACCCGACAGAAAGAGAAUGGGACACGGCUAAACCGUCCUUUCCUCCUCCGGCACACGAGGUUCUUGACAACGAUAACGAAUUUUGCUACGAGCUGGGCAGCAGACAUAGGAGACCAAGUGGUUCUUCCGUGUUGUCAGAAUCUCGCUCCGACUACCCUCCACCCACUAGCCCGUCCAAAAGUCCUCGAGCACAUCGGCAGGACAGUAGGAACGACAAAGGAUCACGUUCACCCGCCACAUCAGUGGCUGAAUCUGACAAACUCGAAAAACUACGAAGGGACGGCGGCUAUCACCGGCGCAUGAGCAUAGCAGGUUCGUCGUCGUCUUUCUCCAGACGUCGUACUCCCCCUUUGGAUGAUCGCGGGAGGCGCGGCGACCGUGCUUGCUCACCGAGACGAUUAUCCCCGCGGCGCCAAAUGUCCAUCACAAAGACCGUCAUGCCACCACCACCACCACCCUCGCACCUACCACAGCCUCCUCAAGGGACUCCACCAACGGAUCCACUACCUCCUGUUCCUGUGCCACCAUCCUUCCUUUCUCUAGACAUAUCAGAAAAGCCGCCCGAAAAGUCUCAAGCAUUAUCAGGAAAUGAUCUACGCAAAGUCUGGAAUGAAAGAGUGGAUCUACUUUUCGCAUCUGUAAAGGCGCGCGAACAGUUGAGCUAUGCAGAGGCAGACUUGAAACUGAAUAAGCUGGGCGAGUCCUCCCGCAUGACCAACGUGUCGAACGCUCGUGCCAGAACUCAGACGGAAUUGCGGUGCCAGACGAAGAAGAACGAGAUUUCCGAUAGCAUCCAAAAACUCGCUGCAUCAGAAUUCUGGCCGGCUCUCAAACCACCUGAUUUGCAAAGCGUGGAAGCCAAGUUUUCCGGCAUGAAGCAACAAAUAACAGAACUGAAAGAUUCAGUCAGCGAACUCAGUACAUCUUUCUCUGCACUCCUCAGGUCAAAGCACCCUAGCACCGCCUCCAGAUCAGGUGAACCCCCACUGAAGAAGCGGAGGUUGGAGGGAGAGGAUGCCACAGCUGGCUCUAGUGAAGUCACCUUCUCACUCAGUGCCUUCGAUGGCAUUCAAGCCCGCUUGAGCAAUGUCGAUAGCCAGCUACUCGACCUUCAGAAUGACAUUUUGCAGCGCGACACGAUCAUGGGGGAUGAUAUUGAAUCUCGCAUCGACGCUCGGCUGGAAGAGGUGGUGAUAUUCCCGGAUGAAGAUGACAUGAAACCUUCGUCAGCAGCUGUAACUGCUGUGGUGCAGGUUGAGACUGCCAAGGCCCUGGACAUUAUCCAUAUAACCGGCCAACAGCUGGGAGAAGUGGCGCAGGAGGUUGCGAACUUGAUGAUACAGAGCAAAUGUACCGACGACGAAGCUACGCGGUUAAGACAGGAAAACGAGCAGCUCAAAAUUGAGAUCAUCAAGCUCAAGUCCUCGGCAGAGGCUGACGCCAAAGUGGUACAGCAAAAUAACGAACAAGUAGAGGCUUUAGCAGCAGCUCUGCAGGCCUACAUCUCACAAGCUCCACCACCACCUCCACAACCAGUUAUUCCAACCCACGAAUAUCUCAUGGAAGAGCUCGAAGACCAUAUUCUUUCCAGUUCUAUCAAGGCCAUUGAGCCACUCCUGCGGGAGAUGAAGGACGAGGUCUCCAAGAUGUUAAAUGACGAGAAUGACGAUAUGUAUCAAAAUCUGUGGCCAAAGAUCGAGCUUGUGUUACGCAUGGUGGAGACGGUUAAAAAGGGUAGUAAUAUCAUUCUCGAACCGGAGGAGUAAGAACGUGUCACGGUUUACACUUCCAACAUAAGAGUGUAGUUGUAUAUCCCUGCCAUAGCACAGAUGUCAUCCAUUUGAAUCCUUGUUGGCAUUCGAGGUUAAUGAUAUAGAUAUAUCCACAUAGUGCAACAUUCAGGUGUAGACGUACAGACACUCAGUCGUAUUCAUCAUCCUGUCUGAACGCUGCUGAAUAUGCCAAUAUGGUUCCAUACACCAGU